UCCCGCAGCUCCCCGGCGUCAGGCGGCCGCGCUCCGGAAGCUUGAGCCUCGGGCGCUGCCGUCCCCGCGCCGCUCGCUGAGGGGACGCGGAGGCCCAGCUCGGUUUCGGCCCGCAGAGCACUUGGUGCACUGCGCCGGUACAGCCGCCAUGUCUGCGCUGCCAAAGGCCUCCGGAGCGCUGAAGUCGGUGGAUUACGAGGUGUUCGGCCGAGUGCAAGGUGUUUGUUUCAGGAUGUACACAGAAGCGGAAGCUAAGAAAUUGGGAGUGGUUGGCUGGGUUAAAAAUACCAGCCAAGGAACAGUGACAGGCCAAGUUCAGGGCCCGGAAGAUAAGGUAAACACAAUGAAAUCCUGGCUGAGUAAAGUUGGAAGCCCAAGUUCUCGCAUAGACAGAACAGAUUUUUCAAAUGAAAAGGAGAUUUCCAAGCUUGAUUUCUCAGGAUUUAGUACAAGAUACUAACAGAUAAAACAUCGCUAAGUGCAAAACAAUGAUGUCUGUACUGCAUGAUAUCUUCUGUGCCUCCAUAAAAAUUCACCAGAACAUUUGGAUGCUUUCUGUACUUGAGAUAAAUUGUUCCUGCUCACAUGAAGAACUCUUAGCUGCAGUAUUAGAUAUUUCACAACAUCAUUGCCAUUACUUAAUAUCUGAAAUGCCAAUAUCUAAUUUAUUGCAUAUUGAAAGUUAGACAAAUGGUUACAUGUAUCAGUGAUUAUUUGUUUACAUGGAGAUUUGCUAUAUACAGUCAUGCAAAAUCUAAUCAUUUACACUGUAAAUGAUUCAUAAGCAAUCAAUUCAUGUUCUACUAUUUGUAGUCUCACCAGAAAAACAGCUUACAGAACUGGAAUUCUUAGAUCUAUUCUAAUACCUCUGUAUUGUAGAUCAUCUUAUUUGUGAUAGUUAGAACAGCAACUGAAAAUAAAUGUACAUUGCUUCAAACUAA